AUGGAGGAUGUUGUGAUUAGGGACAGCGAUGAAUGGAAUUUGAUAGAGUUCGCUCUUCAGCUUCGGUGCCGCUCUUCGAGGGUUAGACUGUUGCAAGCAUGGAAUAUAGUGAGGCCAGAGUCGCUGGCCAUGUUUAAUCGGCGAACCAAGAAUAUGCUGGUGUUAGAAUCGUUUAUUGACACCGAGUCGUUGGACAGAUCUAACUCGGUCCAGGAUGUGUGCACGAGGGGCUUUGAAAUAGGCGCCCCUGGGUUUGUCGUAACUGUUGGAAAUUUAAGUCUGCCCGGAUUCCCCUUGUUGAACACUGACCCUAGUGGGAAAACACUUUUGGAUAAUAAUACUGGCUCUCUCGAUUCUAAUGGUAAAUUGCUUCCACCGAAGACACCUGCUGCUACCUCCGAUUAUGCGUCAAUUUACGGAGAGAAGAAGGUGUUUGAGUAUUUCGUCUGCGACGUUGGGGUUGGGAAGUGUUUGGAGGUACCGGACGUGGUCGAGGCACAGAGAUUUCGGGUUUCUAUGCCUGUGGAGUACGAUUCGUGUUUCCUCACGAACUCAGAAAAUAUAAAAUUGGACUCUCUGACUGUUUUUGCGGGAUCAGAAGACGAAAAGAAUAACUUUGAUAUGUCUGUAGAGGUUCAGACCAAGGGAGUCCUGCCUCAAAACACAUUUAAGCACAACUAUAUAAUCUAUGACACGUCACAGGUAAUGGACUGUUAG